GACACUAGCAUUAUCCUCUUGUUGUGAGACUGAGAGGGAGGAUUGGAGAAGUGCACGAGGAGGGGUGGGAAGCAGAGAAGACGGAGCAUGGUUGAAAUUCCACCAAAUGGAUAAGAAGAGGCAGACAAAGUUUGACACAUUUAUGUUUUCAGUGGUUGACCGACACGAAUGAACGAGUAAACCUUGUUUUAGCCUAGUGAAGUAUCACAAAUUAAUACCUCAGUAUUAAUUAUCCACUGCACGGAAUCUCCAUGAGGGCACAAGUCUGCAUGACGAUUUUCGCGUAAAGAGAGACAGCGCGGGAGAGCUGACUUGUCGCCUGGCAGGAUCACAUUGUUGUUGUCGUCACAGAAGAGUACGGAGAUGGGACUGAGCUUGGUGGGUGCGCAGCACGCUUUGGGAACCUCGUCCGGCUUCAGAAGGGUUCGCAAUCGUCGGGAGGUGGACAGCGACAUCGACUUCGAAGAGGAAUCAACUGUCCUGGAUGAGGUCCAGUUGGUUGUGCCAUUGGAUGAUGUGCCGGAUGUACCACUGCUGCCAGCCAUCCUUGAGGAGGUGCCAGAUGUGCCGACUAUCCAUGAGGAGGCCACUGGUAAUUGGCAGUUGAUACCGAUUAGGUUUAGCUCCCUGUACUGUGGGCCUGUUGUGAUCAGGAACAAUGCCGGUCCGGUGGCUGAAGCUUGGAGAACUUUCCAGUUCAUCAGCCCCAUUAUCACCUACAUGCGUGGGGGAUCCCAGCAGGUGGUGGUGAGGAUGCACCAUGCGAGUAGGGUUCGAGGCCUGGAGACUCAACUGAUGUGGGCCAUCUCCAAGGAGACAAACAGACUUAGUCCAGAGGGCAUCCCCUACUGUGCCACCAAGGUGCAGUCCAUCUCUUGGAUCCAGUAUGUGGCUGGCAGGGUGACACAGUAUGCGUCUCACCUCCGCCACGAGACGUCUGUGGCCGUGACGCUUGGCUGCUACCAGCAAACUGAUGUCUCGGUGGCGUACGCCACUCUCCACAUGGGGCUGGAUGGGCUGCUCUCCUUCUCGGCGUGGUCGGAGGCUGCCUCCGUCUCUACGCCCACCACUCAGCAGUUCACUGAGCCAGAGCCUGAGGGCCACAACUGCUAUGAGGGCUGGGAGGAGGACCUGCUGCCUGAGGAGAGGGAGGUUCCUCUGCUAAACCUCUACCUUACCACCAAGAGAGUGGAGGACAUCGGCCUGAGGCUCAUCUCCCUGCGCCCAGGCCUUUACUGUGAGACCCUGCUCGGUUCCACCCUGAGCAGGAACCAUCUGUUUGUGGCGGGAAAGGUCCUACUGGGCGCACUGGUUCAGGUCCACCAGAUGGAUGAGGCCGAAUUCAUCCGUGCCUAUAACGACUUUGUGAACUACCUGAGUGACCCCUCCAAGCAGAUUGACAUUGAGAGGGAGCUGGCUGAGACAAAGAUCCAUCAUGUUAACCUGAUAGACGUCCUUUUUGAGCUGGUGCUGUUUGGGAUGAUGACAGCUCAGAAAUCCCUGAUGGUGCAACCUGGUGGGUUCAUGGAGCGUCUGUACGCUCUCCUGUACUCCUUCCUGCCCACUGUUGCCAGCAUUGAGCCAAAGGCUGAGAGAUACCUGUUGCUGCUCAAUGGCGGGCUGAUGGCUCUGCUAGAUGACAUGUUUGGGCAGCAGCUGGCCUGGUACUUUAACCGAGAGUCUCUGGUCACUGAGCUCUCCAGCCUCCUGGAGUACCACCUGGAGUACCUCAUGGCCAGCAUGUAGUCCUACUGCAGAGACCUGAAGGGCCACGCCACACUUCUCUCUCUCUCUCUCUCUCUCUCUCUCUCUCUGGAAUUGAGGACUUGAAGUGCUUCGUUCAACCCUGAUUAGUUAACACCCAUUAAAUGAAUGUAUUCUCUU